AUGAACACUGAUUUGUUCAAGAAACAAUGGCUGUGUGUUAUGCCAGCGAAAACCUCCCACAGCUGCAGAUUGAAGCUGUGCUCAGUGUACGACCGCUGAAGGUGACAGAACCACGACGAGUUCGCCAGGUUUUGAUGAGUGACACUGACUGCAUUCAUGGAUGCUACCAAAUCGUUCUCUACUACGAGUCGUUGAACGAGGAAGAGGGUGAUAAGUUUUUGGCUGGUUGGAUUGUAGAGUCACUAGGAAGUGCCUUGGUGGAACACCCACUUCUUUCUGGGAGGCUCAAAAGGAAGGACAGUGAUGAGGACGAGGCAGUGUUGGAAAUUGUGUCCAAUGAUUCUGGCAUUCGACUCUACGAGGUUCGCUUCCCCAUGGUCUUGUCAGAGUUUCUUUCCUUGAGAGCUGAAAAGGAGCAUCUUGAGGCUGAGCUUGUCUUUUGGAAGGAAAUUGAUGAACAGAAUCCUCAGUUCUCUCCUCUCUUUUACGUCCAGGUGACCCAGUUUGAAUGUGGUGGAUACACAGUAGGUAUUAGCUGCAGCCUUCUCUUGGCAGAUGCAUUGGUGGUAGAGAACUUCCUGAAGAAUUGGGCUGACAUUCACAGCAGCAUGUUACUCCAAAGACAAGAGAUUAAAGCACCCAUAUUUCAUCCCUCUCUUCUCGUAAAAAACGACGAGCCUCCCCCAGCUGAUGUGAUCAACCGCACAAGAUGCAGAAAGGCACAGAGCAUGGGAUUCAAGUUCAUUGGCAAGGACUUAAAUUUGAACCAGGAAUUUUACAGGAAAGUUGCAAUGCUAUGCGUUGAGGAAGCAGAGAAAAAGCUUGAAAAGAAGGUGUGGACAGAAUUUAGUUUGUUUGUGAAAGAAUCGUGUGAGGUCAUCAAGGUAGAGGGUCACUCAAAGAGUGGAUACUGUAAGAAAGUGUUGGACCAAAGCCUAAAGAAUGAAAUCAGUGGUGGCACGUGGAAUGAUUUUGGAGAGUUCUUCAUGUUUCAUGAAGGAAACAAACCUGUCCUUGUUUCUCGUUGGAUUGGAUCAAUUGCUGAUGAUGGAAAAGUUGUAGUAAUUCCAUCUCCGGAGGAAAAGGCCUCUGCUUUGAUCAUAGUGUCGCUCCCUUGAAGUUC